AUUUUUGUCUAUGGUAAAAAACCGACACCAUCUAUUAUCUAUGAUUGACGUCCUCAAAUUUGCAUCUGCUUGACCACGUUUUCUUUUGCAUUAUUAGCAGAAUUAAAUUAAGAGAUGGGUCGUGUUCGUACCAAAACAGUAAAAAAAGCAUCCAAAGUGAUCAUUGAAAAGUACUACACCCGACUAACCUUAGAUUUUCACACUAACAAAAGAAUAUGCGAAGAAAUUGCUAUUAUUCCCACAAAACCCCUCAGGAAUAAAAUUGCUGGUUUCGUUACCCAUUUAAUGAAACGUCUUCGACAUUCCCAAGUAAGGGGAAUUUCAAUUAAACUACAAGAAGAAGAACGUGAAAGGAGGGACAACUAUGUUCCUGAAGUAUCUGCUUUGGAACAUGACAUUAUCGAAGUUGAUCCUGAAACUAAAGAGAUGUUGAAAAUGUUGGAAUUCAACAACAUCAGUGGACUUCAGCUCACACAGCCAACAACAAAUACAUUAAACAGGCGUGCAUAAAAUGUUUGACAUUAUUUAAUAAAGCAUCAUUUUUGA